AUGGCAGGUCCACCACAUCCACAUGCAUACAUGGGCUGGUGGGGAGCUAUUGGUUCCCCCAAGCAAAAGUACAUUACUCAAUACACUAUCUCACCAUUUGCUGCUAAGCCAUUGAAAGGUGCAGCUUACAAUGCUGUCUUCAACACAUUUAGAAGAGUCAAAAACCAAUUCUUGUACAUUGCCAUCCCAGCCGCUAUUGUAUACACUAUCUUCGACAAGGCAGAAAGUUACAACGAGUACUUGUACACCAAGGAAGGAAGAGAAGAAUUGGAAAAGGUCAAUGUAUAG